AUGGCUCAGAUCGAGCAAUCCCCAGGAGUCUCCAUGCAUGGAGUGACAGGCAGAGAGCAAUCCUUUGCCUUUUCCGUUGCUUCACCAGUUGUACCAACUGACACCUCUGCAAAAUUUGCUUUGCCUGUUGAUUCCGAGCACAAGGCCAAGGUAUUCAAGAUUUUCUCCUUUGCCAAUCCUCACAUGAGAACCUUCCACCUUUCUUGGAUUUCCUUCUUCGCCUGUUUCGUCUCCACCUUUGCCGCGGCUCCCCUUGUUCCCAUCAUCCGCGACAACCUCAACCUAACCAAACGAGACAUUGGAAAUGCCGGAGUUGCUUCUGUCUCAGGAAGCAUCUUCUCCAGGCUUGUAAUGGGUGCAGUUUGUGACCUUUUAGGCCCACGAUAUGGGUGCGCAUUUCUCAUAAUGCUUUCUGCUCCCACAGUUUUCUGCAUGUCAUUUGUUUCAGAUGCUUCAGGCUACAUAGCUGUCCGGUUCAUGAUUGGAUUUUCUCUUGCCACAUUUGUGUCGUGCCAAUACUGGAUGAGCACAAUGUUUAACAGCAAGAUUAUCGGGCUUGUGAAUGGCACCGCCGCCGGGUGGGGCAACAUGGGCGGAGGAGCCACUCAACUCAUCAUGCCUUUGCUCUAUGAGCUGAUUCGACGUGUAGGCGCCACUCCCUUCACUGCCUGGAGGAUAGCCUUCUUUAUUCCUGGUGCGCUUCAUGUCAUCAUGGGAAUCUUGGUCUUAACUCUAGGCCAAGACCUGCCUGAUGGAAACCUCGGUGCCUUACAAAAGAAAGGUGAAGUUGCCAAAGAUGAUUUCUCCAAGGUGCUUCUGCAUGCUGUCACAAACUAUAGAACAUGGAUCUUUGUCCUCCUCUAUGGCUACUCCAUGGGUGUUGAAUUGAGCAUAGAUAAUGUCAUCGCUGAAUAUUUCUAUGAUAGGUUUGAUCUUAAGCUUCACACUGCCGGAAUCAUUGCUGCCGCCUUUGGUAUGGCAAACAUUCUUGCUCGUCCCUUUGGCGGUUAUACCUCCGACUUAGCAGCUCGAUAUUUCGGCAUGAGGGGCAGGCUAUGGAACCUUUGGAUCCUUCAAACACUUGGUGGGGUGUUCUGUAUCUGGCUCGGCCGUGCAAAUUCACUCAGCGUUGCCAUCUUGGCAAUGAUCCUCUUCUCCGUUGGAGCUCAAGCUGCCUGCGGAGCAACUUUUGGUAUCAUACCCUUCAUUUCUCGCCGAUCGUUGGGUAUUAUAUCGGGCUUGACCGGCGCUGGUGGGAACUUCGGAUCCGGGUUGACCCAAUUAGUGUUCUUCGCAAGCUCAGGAUUCUCCACUGCAACGGGACUCUCUCUGAUGGGGGUGAUGAUUGUGUGUUGUACUCUUCCGGUGACGUUGGUUCACUUCCCACAGUGGGGAAGCAUGUUCCUUCCACCUUCCAAAGACAUCGUGAAAUCCACCGAAGAAUUCUAUUACGUGUCGGAGUGGAGCGAGGAGGAGAAGCAGAAGGGCUUGCACCAGCAAAGCCUCAAAUUUGCAGAGAACAGCCGGUCAGAGCGUGGCAGGCGCGUGGCAUCAGCCCCAACGCCGCCAGAUUCAACACCAGCCCAUGUUUAGCGGGCAGCUAGAGACCAAUAAUGAGAGCGAAAAAGGCUGUUUCUAUAACAGUCUUGUCUAAAUCUCUCUUGCCUGUUAUUUGUCAAAUAUUGUUGUCUUGUUUUUACUUUUCAAGGAAAUAGCCAUGCAGAUGAA